AUGUCUAAUUCCGUUACUGAUGUUCUCUGGCUUCCUGAACAUGAAUAUCCACAAGAAACGUUUACUACAGUUUGGAAUGAUAAGACGGAUAAGAUACCUGCAAACUACGAAGAACGUGUGCUGAUAUGGCUUGAUAAUCUUAAUAAUCACGAUCGGAAAUGGUGUGAAACAGUCACUCGUUUGCGUAGAAUUAUUUCACAUUUUGAAGCGUUUGAAGACAUUCAUACUUGUCUAAACUACAUAUCAACCUCUGCUUGCAAUGCUGAACAAAUAUUUUUUAUUGCCACCGGCACGUUUGAUGAGUACGAUUAUCUCUUGCUAGAGCAGACGUUACCACAAAACGCCUUCUUAUACAAAUUUAAAACAAAGUCAGUUAACAUUACCAAUAUUGGAGAAAUAUUUGACGAUCACAAUUCAAUAAUCAAUAAAAUACGGCUUGAUCAUGCUAUGCAUUCAGCUGAUGACGCUAGAAAUUAUGCACUUAUUGUAGUUGAUCUCACUGGCAAUGACUUAAUAAAAUGGAAAGACUGCUUUUCUAGUCUGAGCAAUAUUUUUCAUCAAUACAAACAUUUCAACAGUAUCGAUGACUACAUCUGCUAUCUCUCAUCUAGAAAUACUUCCCGAGUCUAUCUAAUCGUAGUAGGCACAAUAACGUCAGUCGAAUUACGUCAACUUCAUCAUUUACUACAUACAAACAUAAUGUUGUAUGUCCUUGAUCCAGAUCACAAUAGAUCUUUUCAAGAUGCAAUCACGACUGCUGACGAUCUGGUGAAACAAAUACAACAUGAUUAUCAUAUUUAUCUUAAAUCUCUGCAUUCGAAAGGCACAACCACUCGUCACAUAGAUAUAAAACAAUUAAAAUUCAAAUGUUUCGGACUUUUGGGAGAGACACUGAGAGCGAUGACGUCACCCUGUGACCAAGCAGCACAAGGAAGAAUGAUUGAUUAUUGUCGGUCUUUAUAUAAAGACGAUCCUAGUGUACAAAGGACGUUAGAUGAGUUUAGUGACUAUUACGAUGGAAUAAACGCUGUUUUUUGGUAUUCGCGCGAUACUUUUCUGUAUCGUGAUGUGCAAAAAGCGCUGCGACAAGGAAAUAUUGAAUCGAUCUUACGCUUCAGCUUCUUAAUUUGCGAUUUGUACAGUGCAUUAGCCGAAUUGUAUAAUUCCGGACAGCCUCAACAUUCCAAAGUUUAUAGAGGUCACUCGAUGAGUAGUAAGGAAUUGCAGACGUUGCAAAGUCACAUUGGAUGCUUAGUUUCAACUAACGCUGUAUUUUUCACCUCGUCUGAUCGUAAAAUUGCUGAGGUCUAUUCUGGAGAAGGCAGAACAGUCUAUCGGGGUCAGCUGAUUAGCCGAAAAGAAUUGACAAAUUUGAAACGGAAUGUCGGUGGUUAUAUAUCUAUUAGUACCUUUUUCUCAACAACUCUCGACAAAGAAGUUGCUCUCAUCUUCUCUGGCUUUGGUUUCCAAAGACCACAGUAUGAAUCUGUCAUAUUUGAGAUUGAAUUUGAUGCACAUCACUAUCAACAGAUAUCAACAUUUGCCGAUAUUUCGAAACUGAGUCAUAUAGCAGACGAAAAAGAAAUUUUAUUUUCUGUUGGCACAAUAUUCAAAUAUAUGAGUUGCACGAAGUUUCCGGACAACCUAAUAGAUGCAAUUGAAAAAUUCGAUUAUCAAGUUGAUGCAGGCAAAAUAUUGACUUUACAAUCGAAUGUUGUAGGAAAACAUUUUCAGGAAGAAGCUAAACGACAUUUAAAUACAGGUUUAAAUCAAUUAAUAGAGAAAACUGAAGAUUGUGCGAUUAUGCUUGGAGCUUAG